AUGUCUCUCCCAACUUCCAUGAAAGCUUUGAGAUACUCCAAGCCAGAAGAAUACGGAAUCGUUGAGGUUCCUCUCCCAAAGCUCCGUGAUAACGAUGUCUUGGUAAAGGUCAAGGCCUGUGGUGUUUGCGGAACCGAUUUGCACAUCCACGAGGGAGAAUUCAUUGCAAAGUUCCCUCUUAUUCCUGGACAUGAAACUGUCGGUGUUAUUGCUGCUACUGGACCUAAGGUCAAGGGCUUCAAUGUUGGUGACAGAGUUGUAGCUGAUAACUCCGAACUCUGCGAGGAGUGCUUCUACUGCCGUCGUGGUCAACUCUUGUUGUGCGAGAACUUCAACGCUCAUGGUGUUACUAUGGAUGGUGGUUUCGCAGAGUACUGUGCUUACCCAGCCGCUAAGGUUUUCAAGAUCGAGAACCUCUCAGAUGUUGAUGCUACCCUCCUCGAGCCAGCCUCAUGUGCUGCUCACGGUCUUGAGAAGAUUGCACCAAAGAUGGGUUCAUCCGUUCUCAUGUUCGGUGCUGGACCAACUGGUCUCGUUCUCGCUCAAUUGCUCAGACAAAAUGGUGGAUGCAAGGUUGUCCUCGCCGCUCCAGGUGGUCUUAAGAUGGAUCUCGCAAAGAAGCUUGAUGCCGCUGAUAUCUACAUCGAACUUUCCCGUGAUAACCCAGAAGCUCAAUUCCAACAGAUCAAGGAUGAGUACAAAUACGGUUUCGACAUCGUUGUUGAAGCUACCGGAAGCGCUAAGAUUCUCGAGGAUGCUAUCAACUACGUUCGUCGUGGUGGUAAGCUCGUAGUCUAUGGUGUCUACAACAGCUCUGCUAGAGUUACCUGGCCACCAUCCAAGAUCUUCGGUGAUGAGAUCACCAUUCUUGGUUCCUUCUCCGAGACUUACAUGUUCCCUGCUGCUAUCGAUUACCUCGACUCAGGCAAGGUCAAGGUUGAGGGUAUUGUUAACAAGACCUUCAAGCUUGAACAAUGGGGUGAAGCUUUGGAGUCUAUCAAGAACAAGAGUGCUAUUAAGGCAGCUAUUGUUUUCGAUUAGAUUAUGUUGGUGUGUAAAAGUGGGAGUUGAAAAAAUGAUACGAUGUGAUGUUUUGCUCAGUAUUGAGAAAUAUUAUACCUUUA